AGGAACAUCAGUUCAGAUCUGGAGGCGUGCCAGCCCCGCCCCGCUGAGAAAUCAGCAUCGCAAACGCACGGAGUUGACAAGUGCGCCUCCCCCCUCUCCAAAACGUUGUUUGACAAGCCCAUCUUUAUAGGUUUCGCCUGAGGCAGUUUCUUUAAAAAAAAAGAAAAGAAAAAAGGCAAGCGAAAAGCCGCAGAUUACACAUUCUGCUCACAGUGCGGGUGAAACAACCUGCAGAGCCGCAGAGGGAGUCAGUGGGCUCCUCAGUUCGGGAGAGAAGCGGCGCUGGCUAAGCAUCACUCUAAGCUGUCAGGAUAGUUUUGGAGGAAUUUUACUUUUCUGUGUUUUUUAUGCAUCAGAUGCACCUGUGGAUGCACCUUUCCCUCUGGAUUCACAAAGGAUUCCCUGCAACUCGCAGCUGAUAUUCUUCCACUCCACCAACCUGCAGUUUUGUGUUUUUUGUAUUUCCCUUCAUAAAAGGAGAAGCGCACGAUGCUGCUGGGUGUCCUCUUCCUGGCGGUCCCUCUGCUGAGCAUCACCGGCGGCGACGCAUCCUACGUGCCCUGCGAGCCGUGCGACCCUAAGGCCCUGUCCAUGUGCCCGCCGGUGCCCGUGGGCUGCCAGCUGGUGAAAGAGCCCGGCUGCGGCUGCUGCCUGACGUGCGCCCUGGAAGAGGGCCAGGCGUGCGGUGUGUACACGGGGCCCUGCAUGCGUGGGCUCCGCUGCCUGCCGAAGAGCGGAGAGGAGAAGCCGCUGCACGCGCUCCUGCAUGGUCGGGGGGUGUGCGCCAACGAGAAGCUGUACAAGCUGCAGCAUCCACCCAAAGACCCAGUAGAAACCAAGGUGCCCCUAUAUGGAGAUCACAUCAGCAGUCGGAAGAUUCACGCCAUGAGGCUAGCCAAGGACCGCAAGAAGUAUUUAGCCAGGCCUGGAUCAAGCAACAACCGAGAGCUCCCGGUGUCUGGCCUGGACAAGGCAGAGCCAGAAUUUGGGCCUUGCAAAAGAGAACUUGAUAAUCUCAUUCAUGGUGCUUCUCGGGUCCUGAGCGUUUCUUUGUACGUACCCAACUGUGACAAAAAGGGAUUUUUCAAGCGCAAGCAGUGUAAACCGUCUCGCGGUCGGAAACGGGGCAUCUGCUGGUGCGUGGACCGCUUCGGCAAAAAAAUCCCAGGUAGCAACUCUGCCGGUGGAGAACUGCAGUGCAAAGAUCUUGACAGUGUCAACAACAGCAACGAAUGAGAGCAAACCACCUCCGGAGCCCAACUUCUUCUUCUUAAAACCUGCCAAACAAGCUAGCACACUUUGACUGACAAUCAGGAGAAUAUGGCACAAACACUUUUAUUUUUUGUUGAUUGUGUUGGACUGCAUCGUCUGUUGUAGAGAGGAGGCAAACUUUAUAUCGUAUAUCGAAGAGAAAUAUAUCGAGUUUUUCUUUCGUUUAUAAAGUCUGUUGCAGUUUAUAUAUAUAUUUUUUGAAAUUAUGAAAAGGUGACAACACAUAUAUAUAAAUGUGGCUAACUAUCAAUAUUUUUCAGUUGAUUUUCCUGAUAUUGUUGAGAAGGGAGUGUGGCCACCGAAACUAGGAGACAUCUACUAAAAUUGAAUGAGUUUUGUUAUGAUUAGCAGCUUUUUCAGGUGCAAUAUGAUGGAUAUUUGGGGAUCACAAAAUCCAGUUUUAAACAAGGGCAGAAAAACACUCAAAUGUAAAACAUGUAUACUUCCAUUUAUAUAAAUGGCUCCUCUGGAGUGGUUUAAGCUGUGGUUAGAGAUUAGUUUCCCUAAAAACAUACCAAAUAUAAUCUCACUUAAACUCUUCUUGAUAUUAAACAUUAUAGGAAAAGUGCUUCUGGAACAUACCCAUAAUUUGUUAGCUAAACUGUUUUUUAUAUAUUUAAUUCAAGGCAUGCAUGAAUGAAAGAAUUAGUGCUUUCAAGGCAUAAACAUUAUUUUGUCUGUUAUAUAGAUUGAAUUCACACAUUUUGGUUUGACAAGGUCAUUUAUGUUGUUUUAAUUGGCAUAAAUGAACUCUAGAGAAUAGAAGGCGUUAGCUUUAAACUGUAACCUGUCACUCUUUUCCAUUACUGUGCUAAUUGGCUAUGACAUAUUGUAGAAUUUUAUAUUUCAAUUUAACUGGCUUUCAGAACUUAACAAAAAGUAAUAUUUAAUUAGCUGUAACUCUUUUCUUAUAUGGUUUUUAAAAUUUCAAUGCAAGAACUAGCAACCUGGUUGCCUAGCCUGGCAUGAUGACAGUCAAUAAACGCUGGCUUGGCCUUGCUAAUUAACAAAUUGCCUGAUAUAAAUUGCAUGAUCUUAAAAUACAUUAACAACAGUUUAGUUGAUUGGCUGACUUUUUUCAUAUUCUUCUUUCCCAAUUGACCAGGCUAGGGUUAGCAAGUCUUGGUGUUAGACUAGCAUGAAAACUGAAAAGAAACUGGGAUUCAGUUUUAGCACAUAAUUAACACGUAAAUAAUUAGAUUUUAUAAGAGAAAAAAAAAUGUAUUUGACUGUUUGCAACUAUUUUCAUAUCAGUCCUUUUUAGAUUCUCCGACUAUAUCUAGUAGCUUAUGGUCUUAGUUUAGUAUGAAAACAAGGCUUAUUGGGGCAUGCUAAUUUACAAGUAGCAUAAUUUCUAUGGGUAACUGAAUCUUAAAAACAUGAUUUCAGGCAGGUGGCAAUAAUUUCAAAAUGUCUUUAGCCAGGAAGUAAAAUUUUAAUACAUAAAGAUUUUUUUUUAAUCUAUCUUGGUCAGGUAAUAAAAUAGAACAGCAUUAAACUGUGGUCAUUAAUACCUGUAAGUAGAAAUGUGUGAACCUCUACUUAUGAAAUAUGCCUUUCAAAAAAUGAUCUAUAUCAUUUUUUUAGAUGAUUCAAUGCUUCGGUACAUUAAAAUAUCAUCCUAUAUAGUUUUUGAAGGUCCCAUUGAGCCAUUCCAUCACUAAGGCUACAGGCGGUCGUCAUUCAAAGCCUUCAGUGUUAAGUUUCUAUAUGGCCCUAUUUUUAGACCUAUAUAAUUUUAUUUAUAACAAGCAGCCUACAACCUAAUUAAUAUUUCCCAAAUACAUAACUGAAGCAUACGAAAAUCACAGCUAAAUUCAGUGAAUCAUUGCAAAAAUGCCCAAAAGCACAAACCAAGGGAAAAUGUAGCUUGACUUAGCCCAUUGUAUGGAUACAUUUAUUUUGCUAAUUUUACUUGCAAUGUUGUGAUCUUAAUAUUAGUCAGUUCAGACUUUUAGUUUGACUUGGUGGUAAACCCAAGGACACCAUUACAGCCAUUAAUUUUAUGACUGGAGUAGUGAGCUGUACAGAUCAACACACUCGCAUGAUCAGGAAGGCCAGUACUGAGUUUGAAAAGAAGAAAAACUACGGUAGUUGUACUGCAUGAACCAUAACUUUCACUAAUAUCUCCUAGAUAAAAUCUCACCAGAAAAUAAAGAAGAGCAAAUAGUCAUAAUGGAGAUGAUACUUGCUGGUGACAGGAAGCUGACAAAGUCCUGUAGGGCUGUUUUGAGGCUACGGAUUGGGAAGCUAUGUGCCCGCCUCAUGGGCAGGACAUCAAUACCAUGAUUGAGUACAUCACUGACUAUAUAAACUGUCUCCCUCAGGGAUUGAGAGACAGAAUUGAUUUUAUAUUUGCAAUUUUGAACAUUAAUGUCCAACUAUAUAUGAUGCAAACACUUUUUUCUGGAGCUAUUAUGUUGUAAGACUGCAUUCGUGCAAAGUGAGUUAAAAGGCUUUGAUUGUUAUACAAUAGGUCACUAGUUUGAUUCCCAGGUUAUAAUAUUUUUUUAGCAAUCUUGGUAAAAUGUAACUGGUUAAAACAAUAUUUGGACUACUACUAAACCUUCACUCAUACCAAUUUCUCCUAAAUUUUAGCUGAUGGAUAAUUGCUAACACACUCUGGGACCUUCUGCUCCUUAGGUGGUCACUAGAUGUUCUGUGCCACAAUCAGGGAAAAGGUUUUUUUUUUUUUUGUUUUUUUUUGGAAAUAAGCAAAA